GGCGGAGGCGCGGGCUUAGCUCCUGGGGUCUCGGCCAAGGUCGGCUGUACCUGGACCCUGGGGCGGCUUGGGCAGUUGUUGGACGUGACCGCGUUCAACUGCGUCGGGCUCGCUUCCCAGACUUGCCCAAGUUCCGGUGUCCUAGCUGUCCCUUUGCAGCCGCAGGCCUGCCCCGGCCGCGUGGGAGGAGUCUGUGACGGGUGGUGGGCAGAGCUCGCCAGCGCCGGGACCGCUGGUUGGCUGCGUCCGCUUCCUUUUUCCCCUUCCUGGUGUCCGGCUUCAGGCGCGGAGCAGCAGGCAGCUAGCCAGCCGGGAGCCGGCCCUCACAGUCGGCUGGGUUGCGCUUUGCUUUUGCAGUGAGGCAUUGACCUGCCCAUAUGACUUGGCGCUCUCCACCAGCAGGAAUUUCCGGAAGGAGUUUGAAUUUUUGUGAUUUUUUUGGAAUAUUUGGAGCGCAAAUCCUUGUUUUUCAUGACAGAUCUCGACGACAAUAUAUGCAAAAGAUACAUAAAGAUGAUAACUAAUAUAGUUGUAUUGAGCCUGAUCAUUUGCAUUUCCUUAGCGUUCUGGAUUAUGUCAAUGACUGCAAGCACCUACUAUGGUAACUUACGGCCUAUUUCUCCAUGGCGUUGGCUGUUUUCUGUUGUUGUUCCUGUUCUGAUCGUCUCUAAUGGCCUCAAAAAGAAAAGUCUAGAUCACAGUGGGGCUCUAGGAGGGCUAGUGGUUGGAUUUAUCCUAACCAUUGCAAAUUUUAGCUUUUUUACCUCUUUGCUGAUGUUUUUUCUGUCUUCUUCGAAACUCACUAAAUGGAAGGGAGAAACAAAGAAGCGCCUAGAUUCAGAAUAUAAGGAAGGUGGGCAAAGGAAUUGGGUUCAGGUAUUCUGUAAUGGAGCUGUACCCACAGAGCUGGCCCUGCUAUACAUGAUAGAAAAUGGCCCUGGGGAAAUCCCAGUUGAUUUUUCCAAGCAGUACUCUGCUUCGUGGAUGUGUUUGUCUCUCUUGGCUGCAUUGGCCUGCUGUGCUGGAGACACAUGGGCUUCAGAAGUUGGCACGGUUCUGAGUAAAAGUCCUCCAAGGCUGAUAACAACCUGGGAGAAAGUUCCAGUUGGAACCAAUGGAGGAGUUACAGUGGUGGGCCUUGUCUCCAGUCUCCUUGGUGGUACCUUUGUGGGCAUUGCAUACUUCCUCACACAGCUGGUUUUUGUGAAUGAUUUAGACAUUUCUGCUCCCCAGUGGCCAAUUAUUGCAUUUGGUGGUUUAGCUGGAUUACUAGGAUCAAUUAUAGACUCAUAUUUAGGGGCUACAAUGCAGUAUACUGGGUUGGAUGAAAGCACCGGCAUGGUGGUGAACAGCCCAACAAAUGAGGCAAAGCACAUAGCGGGGAAGCCCAUUCUUGAUAACAAUGCAGUGAAUCUGUUUACUUCUGUUCUUGUUGCUCUCUUGCUCCCAACUGCUGCUUGUGGUUUUUGGCCCAGGGAGUGAACUUUAUUUCAUUCCCACAGGUUGAAACUGGUGAGUCCAGCUAAACUUGCAAUUCCAGCUUUCAUCCUAAGAAUACUAAUUGUAAUGGCAAAGCAGAAAUGCCAGCUCUUCCUAUGUUCCAUUGUGAUGGGAUUUCACAUUUUCCUUUCAUCAACUCUCCUGUCAUAGCUAGCAUCUUUCUAGUGAAAAAGAAAGGUUCAUAGAUUUGUGCAUUUUUUUCUCCUGAAUGGAGGUCUUGAGCAAUGAAGCUAUAUUGUUCCUACAUAUUGCUAUAUAUUGAAUUGAAAGUUCUAUAUAGUCAAUGUCAAAUUUUGUCUUAUUUUGUUUUGUAUGUUGAAACCAGUGUAGGGAAUAAAAGUGAUGAUAUUUAAAAUAGUUCUCCAUUGAAGAAGAGAAAUGCCACUAGUGCUAGUUGCCCAAAUGUUGUGUCUGUUUUACAUAGUUUAAGCUGAUGUGUAUGGACGCCUAACUAAGUAUAAUAUCCUGAACUUCUCCCAUUACAUUGCUAUUUACAAUUGGGAAAAGUGUGAGGAUUGGUUCCUAGUGAGUUUUGUGGCCUAGUCCACAUUUGUUCUUCCUUCCUCAGGGUUAGCGAUGAAAAAAACUAGAUAUCUUUUUCAUAUGACCAUUACAAUGUGUGAAAAAGUUAUUUUAACUAAAAGGAAAAGAACUCUAUCUUAUAUCUAAAAAAUCUGCACCUUAUUAUAUGUUUCAGUUGCUCUCUGAACAGAAAUUAUUUUCAAUGUAGUAUGUUGAAUGUAUUUUCUAGCUUUCUUUGAAUUAUGUUUGGCAUCCUGGCUUAGCACUGGCAUCCUGAACAGUUAAGAGUCACUGGGAAAUUACUGUAUUUCUUUAUAAAUUUACUAUCAUACAAAUUACUUGAAAAUGCUAUGAUUUUCUAUUAUUACCUUCUAAGUGUAUUCCGUCUUACACUGUAGCCUCAACUAAAGCAAAUUCUGCUUUUCAGUUUUGUUCCUUACUAUGAUUUACUGUGUGCCAAAGGAGUUUUGACAUGGUACAGAUUAUUUUACUAAAAGUAUUUUAAAAUGUUU